GAGUGGACGGCGUCGGUGCGCGCUUGGAGAGCCCUGGCGGGCGGACACCCUUAGGUGACUCUGCCUUGCCGGGCGCCCUGGAGGGGAUGCGGGACUGGAGGGCGGCCCGGCGUGGAAAGCUGGCUGGCCCCGCGGCGCUGGUGAGCGAGUCCUCGGGAGGGAGGAUUGUCCCUCCGGCCCCUUAUGGGAAGCCGGGUGGAUUGUCCUUCCUUCGGCGAUCUUGGGCUCCUUAGUUAUCUCUUGUCCCGCUCUGCGAUACAGUUAGUCCUCACCUUACGAUUGCAGAGCCUUGCUGGAGACCGAGUGGCAGCUGUCCUUGGUCGAAAGAAACAAGUAACAAGUUCUGUCUUUGGUUGCUGAUUCAGCAACUUUUUGGGAAGUCCCUUUUUCUUUUAAGGAAGGGGAGACAGAGAAUGGAGCCCUCAAAGAAGUCAACGUUUAAAAGUGAGCAAAAAUCAAGGAAAUUUUUGAAAAGCCUUAUACGGAAGCAGCCCCAAGAACUCCUGCUAGUAAUUGGAACUGGGGUGAGUGCUGCUGUUGCACCAGGAAUUCCAGCCUUGUGUUCGUGGCGGAGUUGCAUUGAAGCGGUCAUCGAAGCAGCUGACCAGCUAGAAGUGCUACAUCCCGGAGAUGUGGCCGAUUUCCGUCAAAAAGUGUCCAAAGAUCGAGAUUUGCUUGUGGUUGCCCACGAUUUAAUCCGAAAGAUGUCACCGCGCACAGGGGAUGCUAAGCCCAACUUUUUCCAGGACUGUUUAAUGGAGGUGUUUGACAACUUGGACCAACACAUUCAACAUCCUGCUGUCCUCCACUCCAUCCUCCAACUAAUGGAACGGGGGACAAUGGUGCUUACAACCAAUUAUGACAACUUACUUGAAAUCUUUGGACAACAGCAGCAUAAAGCUAUGGAAUCGCUCGACCUGAAAGACAAAGACAAGGUUCUCCAGUGGGCAAAAGGACACCUCAGAUAUGGUGUCCUUCAUAUUCAUGGUUUGUACACUGAUCCCUGCGGAAUGGUGCUGGAUCCCUCAGGAUAUCAGGAAGUGACCCAAGACCCUGAAGUGAUGGAAGCACUACAGAACCUCUACCGGAGGAAAUCUUUUUUGUUUGUGGGCUGUGGGGAGACGCUGCGUGAUCAAAUCUUCCAAGCUCUCUUUCUGUACACGGUUAAAAACAAAGUGGAACUAGAACAUUAUAUGUUGGUGCUUAAAGAAAACGAAGACCAGUUCUUUAAGUUGCAGGCCGAUAUGCUCGUGCAUGGCAUCAAAGUCGUAUCCUAUGGGGAUUGCUUUGAACAUUUCACAGGAUAUCUCCAGGAUCUCACGGCACACAUCUGCAAACAAAGGAGUCCAGAUGCAGACAGGGUGGAUAGCACAACAGUUUGGGGGCCCCCGUGUGCAGAUUGCACAAAAAGGAGGUUAGGAGAGAGCGGGAAUGACCGAGCGAAGAAGGCUAGACACCCGAAGGAUGAUGCUGCUGAAGAUGGUGUCCUUCUGUGACUAUAUCAGAUCAGUCUUCGAGAAACUUCUCCUUACUUUGGCUAUUUGCAUCUGCUGGGAGUCAAAUAAUGGAUAGGUGUAGACUUCUUACAAAGUCUGCUUGGGAGGGGAGAUCCUUAUAAAUAUCACAUCCAAUAAUUCAAAUUUCAUAGUUGUUCUUGGGGGAAGAGCAGAUUUCUACAUAUUUCAGGGAUGAAAUAUUGGAAAAGAGGGAGCUAUGGCCUAUGAAAU